AUGUCGGGCCCAGAACCAAUUGCCAUUAUUGGCUUCUCGUGCCGCCUUCCCGGCGGCAACUCCAACCCGCGCAAGCUCUGGGACUUUUUGGAGCGCGGCGGCAUCGCCUCCAACAAGGUGCCCAAGAACCGCUUCAACAUUGACGCGCACUGGGACGGGUCACACAAGCCGCGGACUAUGCGCCCGCUCGGCGGAAUGUUCCUCGAGGAGUUCGACCCGGCCGACUUUGACGCGUCCUUUUUUGAGAUUUCAAAGACAGACGCCAUCGCCAUGGACCCCAACCAGAGACAAAUGCUGGAAGUGGUAUUUGAAGCGCUGGAGAACUCGGGCGUGCCUCUGGAGAAACUCGACGGCGCCCCGGUGGGAUGCUUUGUGGGUUCCUUUGCCUCAGAUUAUGGUGAUAUGCAAGGCCGAGAUCCUGAUGACCGUCCUGCCAACAUCACCGUCGGCGUCGGCCGCGCCAUCCUGGCCAACCGUCUCAGCCACUUCCUCAACAUCAAAGGCCCCAGCAUGACGAUAGACACGGCUUGCUCGGGCUCCCUCGCCGGUCUGGACGUGGCGUGCCGAUACCUGAAAACCGGUGAGAUCGACUCGGCCAUCAUCGCGGCCAGCAACCUGUACCUCAACCCCGAGCACGUCAUGGACAUUGGCGCCGUGGGCAACGCGCACUCGCCCACGGGCCUCUGCCACACGUUUGACAUUACCGCCGACGGAUACGUCAAAGCCGAGGCUGUCAGUUCCAUUGUGAUUAAGCGGUUGUCGGAUGCGAUUCGGGACGGCGACCCCGUGCGCGCCGUCAUCCGUGGCUCGUCGACGAAUAGUGACGGCCGCACACCGGGUAUUGCCAGCCCGAGCGCCGAGGCGCAGGCCGUGGCCAUUCGUGCGGCGUAUGCGAAUGCCGGUAUUACCAGCCUGAAUGAUACGGCGUACCUGGAAUGUCACGGUACCGGAACGCAGGCUGGUGACCCUACCGAAGUCCGGGGUGCGGCGUCCGUUUUUGCUGCCACGCGCCCUGACGAUAAGCCUCUUAUUAUCGGCUCGAUCAAAGCCAAUUUGGGCCAUGCGGAACCCGCAGCGGGCAACUCCGGCUUGAUCAAGGCCGUACUAGCCAUUGAGAAUGCGCGCAUUCCUGGCAACCCGACGUUUGAGAACCCGUCUCCUAAAAUCGAUUUUGCGGGGUGGAAGGUCAAGGCUAGUCGGUACACGAUCCCGUGGCCGAACCAGGAACUCCGCCGCGCCAGUGUCAACUCGUUUGGCUACGGAGGCUCCAACGUGCACGUCGUCAUUGAGCAAGCCGCUGUCGACCACAAGCCGCGCCACGUCUCGUCCUAUCUCUCCGAAGAUGCCGAAAUUGAUUUCGACGAUGAUCUCGACGCGAGCCGGCCGCACACCCUCGUCCUGUCCGCCAACGACGAGGCGUCGCUGCGCGCCAACAUCCGCGCCCUGUCCGACCACCUCAUCAACCCGCGCGUCAAGGUCAGCCUGCCCGACCUGGCCUACACCCUGAGCGAGCGCCGCUCGGCCUUUUUCCACCGCGCGUACCUGACGACCAGCACCACCGACUUUGACGACGGCGCGUUUGUCCUCGGCAAGAAGCAGUCGGAGACGCCGCGUCUCGGCUUUGUCUUUACCGGCCAGGGCGCCCAGUGGCCGCAGAUGGGCAAGGAGCUGCUGGAGUUCUUCCCAUGGACACGCUCGAUUUUGGAAGAACUGGAUGCGGUUCUGCAAAAGCUGCCCGACCCGCCUGCCUGGUCGCUCGUUGACGAGUUGACACAGGCCCGCUCGGCUGAGCACCUUCGCCAGCCCGAGUUCUCGCAGCCUCUUGUCACGGCCCUGCAGCUCUCCAUUCUGGCUGUCCUCGAAUCAUGGGGCGUGUCCCCGCAGAGCGUCAUCGGCCACUCGUCUGGUGAAAUCGCCGCCGCCUACGCCGCCGGCUUCCUGACCCGCGCCGACGCCAUCAUUGCCGCCUUUUACCGUGGCCGCGCCGCCGUGAACCGCAAGAAGGACUCGGAGCCCAAUGUCGGCAUGUUGGCCGUCGGCCUCGGCGGCGACGCGGUCCAGCCGUACCUCGCGGCCCAUGCCGGCAGCGCCUGGAUCGCCUGCUUCAACAGCCCGGGCAGCGUCACCGUGUCGGGCAAGAUCGAGGCCCUCGAGGCCCUGGCGCAGAGCCUCAAGGCCGACUCCCACUUUGCGCGCCUGCUGCAGGUGGACCUGGCCUACCACUCGGCGCUCAUGGGCGUCAUUGGUGACGAGUACGAGACGCUCCUGCAGGCAAACAACUUUACCUCGUCCGAGGGCCACAGCAACGUCGCCAUGUUCUCGUCCGUCACGGGCAAGAAGAAGACGGACCCGGCGGACGCCCUGUACUGGAAGAGCAACAUGGUGUCGCCCGUCCAGUUCAGCGACGCCGCGCAGGAAAUGCUCACCGCCCCCAACGCCCCGACCGUGCUGCUGGAAAUCGGCCCCUCGGGCGCGCUGGCCGGCCCCCUCUCGCAGAUCAAAAAGGCUCUCGACAAGGCCGACGGCGACGUCGCCUACGUCGCUGCCUGGUCGCGUGGCGCCAACGCGGGCAAAACUCUCUUCGACGCCGCCGGCCGCCUCUUCGUUGCCGGCUACCCCGUCGCGCUGGCCAAGGUCAACGAGUACCAGCAGCAGUCGACCAUUGUCGAUCUGCCCAACUACUCCUGGAACCACUCCGUCAAGUACUGGCACGAGAACGCCGCGAGCAAGGACUGGCGCUUCAAAAAGUACACGUCGCACGACUUGCUCGGCAGCAAGGUGCUCGCCACGUCGUGGCAGGCACCCAGCUGGCGAUCGCACCUCAACCUCGACAACGUGCCCUGGUUAAAGGACCACAAGAUGGGCGCCGACGUCCUGGUCCCCGGCUCCGGCUUCAUCUCCAUGGCGCUGGAAGCCAUCUGGCAGAAGCACAAGGCGGUUGAGCCUGCCGCGGCUGACGUCGCUGCCAUCAAUGAUCUCGCGUACCGCUUCCGCAACGUCAAGUUUGAAAAGGCGCUGGUCGUCGAGGAGGGCAAGGACACCGAGGUCAUGCUCUGGCUGACCCAGAAGCCUGGAAGCAAUUCGUGGCACGAGUUUGUCAUUUCCUCGACCACGGCCGACGACUUCCGCAUUGACCAUUGCUCUGGCCAGGUCCGCGUGCAGGACGAAGUGGUUGACACUAUUCCGGAGGGCCAGGACGGGGAGCUGGCUCACCCGACCGCUGGACGGCUGUGGUACAAGGCGCAGUCGGAGAUUGGCUACGGAUUCGGGCCUUCGUUCCAGAAGCUCAAGCACGUCGAGUCCCUGAGCGGCAGCCGCAAAGGCCGCGCCGUCGUUGCCCUGGAGCCACCGGCGUCCAAGUGGAAUCCCCAGUCGUACUACCCCAUCCACCCGGCCUCGCUCGACGGCUGCUUCCAGACUGUCACGCCGUCGCUGUGGUCUGGCGAGCGAAGCUCCAUCAAUGCCGUUGUUGUGCCGUCCGUUUUGGACGACCUCGUCAUCAACAAGGUGCCCCGUGACCUUGUCAAUGGCCUGUCCCUUGCCAACUCGGAGUACUCCGGCCGUGGUCGUCUCUCCGAGGCCAAGAGCUACAUGUCCAACUGCACCGUGUACGAUCCGCAGACCGGCAAGCUCAUCGCGCGCAUGUCUGGACUCCACUUUGCCGAACUCAAUACCGAUACCAAGGUUGAUCCGCACACCUUUGACGAGAUCUCGUGGAAGCCGGAUGUCAGUCUCCUUUCUAGCCAGCAGCUGUCGUCGCAGUUUGUCGGCCUCGACGCCGUGGAGGCAAUCAACGCCGCGAUUGACCUACUCGCCCACAAGAAGCCCGCGCCGUCCGUUCUCGAAAUCAGCCUCGACGCUAGUGAUUCGUCUUCGAUCUGGUUUGACGCGCAGAAGGAGUCUUUCUCGGCUCGCUCUGCCUAUGCAGAGUAUACUGUCGCCACCGUGGGCGGACCGAGCCUGGUUGACCUGCAGACCAGAUACGAAGACAAGAGGAACACUACCUUUUUACUCUUGAGCGAGACAAAGGAAAAUCUCGGUCUGGAAGCGGCUUCCUACGAUCUCAUUAUUGUCAAGCUCGGAGAAGAUGAUUCCGGCAAUCUGCUCCAAGCUAUCGAGCCGCUGCUCUCUCAAAGUGGCGCCUACAAUCUCAUCGUCCAGGGCAAAAUUUCCGACUCUGCGCCUGCCACUUCAGGUUCCGAAUCUGGCUCCAUGUUAUCGGCUGCUACCCGAUCGCCCGAGAUCCUCGAGACUCCGCAUGCAGGUGCGGUUGUCGAUCCCAGAAUCCAGUCCUCCUCCGUCUCCGACACGCCCUUGCCGGGCCACCACGCUGGGAUCAAGGGUGUGGAUCUCGACAUUGCCCUCCAGGAGAAAUUCUCCGCAGUUCCUAGCAAGGUAUAUGUCACACCACAACUGUCCGCUCUUGGAUCGCCCGUCGAAAUCGGGUCUAGCGACAGCCUGCUCGCACACUUGUACUCGCCAAGCAGCGCCGAAGCCGAGGCCGCCCGGAAGCUGUCCGUUGUCAGCUUCACUGGAAAGACAUCUUCGCUUAGUCCCGAGCUGACAGCAUCCCUCGAGCGUGCUGGCUGGUCCAUCGCAAGCCAGGGACUCCCGCUCACCAAGCCAGCCGAUGGAAGCAUCGUGGUUGUUCUCGACGAGCUGCACGCGCCGCUCCUCCGAGACAUUGGGCAAGAGCAGUGGACCGCCCUACAAACACUGGUCAGCUACGGCAACCCGGUCCUCUGGCUGACCCAGGGUGCGCAGCUGACUGUGACGAACCCUGAUACUGCCCUCGCCCCUGGUCUCUUCCGUGUCAUUCGCAUGGAAGACCAAAGCGCCCAGCUCAUUACCCUGGACGUUGAGUCUGCCACCGGCCCUGCUACCGAUGCUGCCAUUGCGAACGUUUUGAACCAGCUGCUCCAGCCGCGCUCCAAAGAGUUCGUCGAGACCGAGUUUGCAGAGAGAAAUGGCACUAUUCACGUGCACCGCAUCGUGCCCGACGUUGCAGUCAACAAGUUCAAGUCGGUGGAGAAGCUCGGCGCUGAACCCGUGGUCCGCGACCUGCAUGCGGCCGACGUCGAAGUAUCGCUUCGCGCUGAGCGCAUGGGCACCUUUGAUGGUUUGACGUGGGCUGAGAACUCGGCCAGUCCUGUUCCUGUCGAAGAGGGUCGCAUUGAGGUCGAAGUCUUUGCAGCGGGUGUCAACUUCAAGGAUGUGGCCGUCACCAUGGCCAUUGUUCCCGAGAACGAGUACACGCUGGGCUACGAAGCCGCUGGCGUGGUCAAGAGACUCGGCGCUGGUGUCAGCAAGUUCAAAGUCGGGGAUCGUGUAUGCUUCCUGGCCAACGGCAGUUAUGCCAACCGUCUGCAGGUGCCCUACCAGCGGGCGCACGUCUUCCCGGAUAGCAUGAGCUUUGAAGAGGCGGCCACAAUUCCGUCCGUCUACCUGGCCUCUAUCUACUCGCUGUACCACUUGGGCAACCUGAAGGCCGGCCAGACAGUCUUGAUCCACUCCGCCACUGGUGGUGUCGGCAUCUCCGCCAUCCAACUCGCCGUGCACAAGGGUGCGGAAGUAUUCGUCACGGCGGGUACCGAGGAGAAGCGCGAAUUCCUGGAGAAGAACUAUGGCAUUGCCAGAGAUCACAUCUUCUCCUCGCGCAACACCAACUUUUCUGCAGGCAUCAAGAAGCUGACUGGUGGUCGGGGUGUGGAUGUCAUCCUCAACUCGCUCACCGGCGAGAUUCUGGACGAGUCCUGGCGCAUCACCGCCGAUGGUGGUACCUUUGUCGAGAUUGGUAAGAAGGACAUUGUGGACCGCAACUCACUCUCGAUGGAGCCGUUUGACCGCAACUGCUCGUUCCGCGCAAUGGACUUUUCUUACACGAAGGAUAUCUCCCUGCCAUUGAUUGAAAGACUACUUACUGAAAUCUUUGAGCUGGUCAACGCUGGCCAUGUCAAGCCAAUCCAGCCCAUCACUCCCUUUGGCUUUGACGACAUCCCGUCUGCCCUGGCUCAUAUCCGCAGCGGUCGUCACAUUGGCAAAGUCGUCAUCUCGAGUGGCCAGCACGUCCCGGUCGAGGUUCCCAUUCGACCCGCCGUGCGAAAGCUGGCUCUGGACCCGACGGCCUCGUACUUGAUCGUCGGCGGUCUCAAGGGCCUCUGCGGCAACCUCGCCAUCCACAUGGCCAAGACUGGCGCGCGCCGCAUCAUUGUCUGCUCUCGCAGUGGACUGCAGGAUCCCGCGUCGCAAAAGACGGUGGCCAACUGCGCCGCGUAUGGCUGCGAGAUUGUCGAGGCAAAGGGCGACGUGGCCGAUGAAGCUUUCGUUCGCAUGAUCUUCCAGGAAGCCUCUCCGGCUAUCGCGGGUGUCAUUCAAGGCGCCAUGAUUCUCAGGGAUAAACCAUACGAAAUCAUGACGUGGGAAGAGUACCAUGCUGCCAUUCACGCCAAGAUUCAAGGCACCUGGGCGCUCCACCGCGCUUCCCUCGACCAGCCCAAGAGCCUCGACUUCUUCACCCUCCUCUCCAGCAUUUCGGGCAUCGUCGGCAAAAAGGGCCAGUCCAACUACUCGGCGGCCAACACCUUCCUCGACUCGUUUGCCUACUACCGCCAGUCGCUCGGCCUGCGGGCCAACGCCGUCGACCUGGGCCUGAUUGAGGACGUCGGCUACGUGGCGGAGCAGGGCGGCAUGGACAGCCACUUUGACCUGCGCCAGUGGACGCCGAUUCUCGAGGGCACCCUCCGCAGCAUCCUCGACUACUCGAUCCUGCAGCAGGCGCCGACGCCCCUCAACGCCAUCAGCGCGUCGCAGCUCAUCACCGGCAUCGGCUACCCGCUGCCCGACGACUCGGACCUCAAGCGCGAGGCACGCUUCGGGUACCUCUUCAGCCAGGUCGGCGGCGAGGGCGCCAAGGACGGCGGCAGCAAGGGCGACCAGGCGAUCCGCGCCCUGAAGCUGAUGCACCAGUCGGGCGCAACGGGCGCGCCGCUCGUCAAGCUGGCGACGGAGCUGCUGGCGGCGCAGAUCACCAAGAUUCUGCGUCUGGAUGCGGAGCUCGAGCCGGCCAAGUCUCUCAUGGCCUAUGGCGUGGAUUCCCUGGCGGCCGUCGAGUUGAGGAACUGGGUUCGAUCUGAGUUGGGCGCCGAGCUGUCGACAUUGGACAUUACGAAUGCCAGCUCCCUGAUUGCGCUGUGCGAGAAGCUUGUGCUGAAACUGCCUGCGGCGUGA